AUGAAUUUGAUUAAAGAACAGAACAGUAAGGCCCGAACACCAUGGCGCAGCUUGUUUGUGGUGGCGGCUUUGGAGUUUGGGUAUGGGUUUCAAUUGGCAUUGUAUUUGGCUCCUAUAUGGCCUUAUCUUCAGGUGGUAAGUGAGGAUCGAUCUCAGGGUAGGAAAAGUAGACGAAGUGUCACAAAAUCAAAAACUGUUAAAAAAUUGUUUAACUGUUUUAAAGUCAGUUGUAUGUACUUGUUAAACAAUUUUGCACGUUUUUUAAAUUUUGUAACGAAAUGCCACAAAAUUAUCGGAAAUGUAGACGAAAUGUCACAAAAUCAGAAAACUAUAAAAUUCUCAAAAAGCACAAUUUUUAUCACUAUAAUUUUAAAUUUAUUUCUUUGUUUUAGAUAGACAAAACAGCAACGGACAGCUUCUAUGGCCUAAUAGUUAUGGCCAAUGCCUUAGGACAAGUCGUUGCAUGCCCAUUAUUUGGUUACUACAGCAGAAGUAUUGGCACCAUAGUAAAACCCAUUUACUUAUGUCUUACACUAACUAUGUUUGGCAACUUGAUAUUUAUUUUGGCACCAAUUGGCUUGGUAUUACCUAAAUAUGUCAUAUUUUUAAGUCGAUUUUUCAUUGGCACUGGAGAAGGUAAAAUACGCAGCGUUUUACUAUCUGAUCAACAAUAAAAGCUUGAAAACAUUUUUGAAUUAAAAAUUUUAGCUGUUCUAACGAUGACAAGAAGUUACACAGCAAUGGCUAGCCUACCACAAGAUCGAGCUAGAGCUUACGGAAUUUCGGCUGCUGGACUAGCUUUUGGUUUGCUUUUAGGACCAGGUAUGUCCUAUAACGUACAUAAACAUAACAAAUCACUUUGAAAUUUUAUGUUUUCUUAAGAUAAACUAAUUUUAAUUUUUCAAUAAUGUUUUGACAUUUCGUUCAUUUUUCCAAUAACUUUGUGACAUUUCGUCACAUUACUUCAAAAACCUUAAAAACAACAAAGAUAUCAUUUUUAUUAUAAAUUUACUAUUUUUCAGUAAUACAAUUUACAUUUACCCCGCUAAAUUACCCUGGAAUCAAGAUAUAUGACCGUUUGUGGCUAAAUCUCUACACUAUUGCUCCAUUUUUAGUAUUAUUUUACACUACAAUAGAGCUUAUUGUAUUUAAAUUUGUAUUUAAAGAAGUGUAUCCAGCUAUAAUCAAAGACGAGAAUAUGAGAGAAAAGAUACGAUGCGACAAAGUUGCUAUGGGCGUUAUGUACUUUGCCAGAUUUUGCCAAUACUUUUCGUUUGCUUGCGCGGAGACGUAAAUUUCUUUAAUUUGCCUAGCCUUGCUUUAGCUUUGCCCUGCUUUUGCCUUGCUUUUGCUUUGCAUUUUUCCUGCCUUUGCCUUGUCUUUCCCUGCCUUUGCCCUGCCUUUGCCUUGCCUUGCAAUCAACCGCCGUGCCAUGAGGUGCCGUGCUCAGAUACUGCGUGCUCGGCUUUAGACAUGAGUAACGGUCCGAGCCUUGGAGCUUGGCCCAGCCCGUUUCUCAUUUUUCUCAAGUCUUUUUAGAAACUAUAAUUUUUAUUUUCAGCUUAGCCGCUACAUAUAUAAUGACAAUGUUUGCCAAAUCAAACGACGAAACUCUACAAAUUUUAUCGAUAAUCAAUUCAGUUCAAGGAUUUAUGGCUUUAAUAACUUAUUUUGCAUUUAUAGUGUUCAAGGUUGAAAAAUGGUAAAUUUACUUUUCAAAAACUUUAUUGUUGCCCUUUUUAAAAUUAAAAAAAAUUUUGUUUUUUUUUAAAUUAUAAUUUGUGAAAAUUUACAAAAUAAAAAAUAUUUUUUAGGAUCUCACUUCGUUUAUUAACUAUUUUUGGCUUUAUUGGUUUGUGUUUUCUACCGUUGGCUUCAAUACCGUACCCCGGGUACAAUAGUAAUAUUGUUAUGUCUGUUAGUGUAAAUUCAAGUAAGUUUUACCCUACCUUAUUCUACCUUACUCUUCUAUGAGGUACCAAAAAGUGUUACCUAAAAAUCUUCUGUUUUCAAAAUUUGUUACCUAAAAUGAUGUCUUAAAAUUGCCAUUCUUGCUUGUUCUUCCUAUUCCCUAACAUUACAGUAAACGCAAUAACAAAAAACACAAUUUUAAACUUUAUUUAAACAUUUUUACAGUUUUCAUCAACAAGAAAAUACCUUUUUCAUUUCGUUGACAUUUUCAUUUAUAUCAAAACUAAAACUUUUUUAAUAAGUGCAAAACAACCCUUUCAGUCAGACUUCUCGUGGUUUCAAAGAAAAAAUAAGGUAGUUAUUAAUUGUGUUACUUUGAUUAACGUCAUAAAAGUUUAUUUAAUUUGUCAUUAUUACACUUUUUAAAUUUUUUAUUUUUUGUUUGAUCAUGGUAACAAAAUUGAUGACAAUUUUACCGUUAUUGGUCUUGUUACUUUAUAUAGCCUUAGUCCAGAGCCAUAGCUCAGAGCCCUAACCUAGAGCUUUAGCCUAUACGAAAAAUGCGGUUCCAAUUUCAGCUACAACCUCAGGAUGUUCAUCAUUCCUCUACUCAUGGUGCUCAAAUACAAAACAGAUAAACUUCUGGUUGUUUACAGUGGCUUUGGUAGUUACUGCUGGAGGAGUGUUUAACAUGAUGACAGUUGUAUUAAGUACCCUGUUUUCAAAAAUUAUUGGACCUAAGCCCCAAACGUAUCAACAAAGCCUGUUUCAGACUGUUGCAUGCUUUGCUAGGAUUCUUGCACCGCCUACUAUAAGGUAAGGCUAUAAUGAGGGCAGGGUAGUUUUAGAUACGGUAAAAGAGAGUAGGGAAAAAUAAGAUGGACUAGGGUGGAGUAGGUAGAGUAGAUUUUAAACAAACUGUUAAAAAUUUAAAAAUUUCAGCACGUUGUUCACCAAAUACGGCCCGACUUCAGCUUGGUUGUUCAAUAUGGUUCCUUUAAUUACUGUACUGAUUGUCGUUUCCAUGGCGUAUCAACGGCUUGUACCAGCUCAACUUGAACUUCCAUAUAAAAAACAGACUGACAAAUUGUAA